UGUUAAAGAGACAGGGCCCCGGUGCGGGUGUUUCACCCGGCUGGGCUCCGCGGCCGUGGUGGCCCUGGGCUUGCGGCCGGCGCCCGUGACAGCAGCGUCGCGGAGCCGGCUACCCCAACCCGGGGCCGCUGCCGACCUCGCUGGCAGAGCCGCAUCUCCUGGCGGGAUGGGCGGCGAUGCGGGAGCCGAUGGUCCCCGGGGCCGCGUCAAGAGCCUGGGGCUGGUGUUCGAAGACGAGAGCAAGGGCUGCUACUCCAGCGGGGAGACAGUGGCUGGGCACGUGCUGCUGGAGGCUGCAGAGCCGGUGGCCCUGCGCGGGCUGCGCCUGGAGGCCCAGGGCCGUGCCACCUCUGCCUGGGGCCCGAGCGCGGGGGCCCGGGUCUGCAUCGGUGGCACUGCGCCAGCAGCCUCCUCGGAGGUGGAAUACUUGAACCUGCGCUUGAGCCUACUCGAGGCCCCAGCUGGUGAAGGCCUCACUUUGUUGCAACCUGGAAAACACGAGUUUCCCUUUCGCUUUCAACUUCCAUCUGAACCGUUGGCAACGUCGUUUACUGGGAAGUAUGGCAGUAUUCAGUAUUGUGUGAGGGCUGUUUUGGAACGACCCCAAGUACCAGACCAGAGUAUAAGAAGAGAGCUCCAGGUUGUCAGUCACGUGGAUGUCAACACUCCACCCUUAUUGACUCCUAUGCUGAAAACGCGGGAGAAAAUGGUCGGCUGCUGGCUCUUCACGUCCGGCCCUGUGUCACUGAGUGUGAAAAUUGAAAGGAAGGGCUACUGUAAUGGAGAAGCUAUUCCCAUCUAUGCAGAAAUAGAGAAUUGUUCAUCUCGCCUGAUUGUUCCUAAGGCAGCCAUAUUCCAAACCCAGACCUAUCUGGCUAGUGGAAAGACAAAGACAGUCCGGCACAUGGUUGCCAACGUUCGAGGAAACCACAUUGGUUCUGGAAGUACAGACACGUGGAACGGGAAGAUGCUGAAAAUUCCACCCGUUACUCCCUCCAUCCUGGAUUGCUGCAUUAUCAGAGUGGACUAUUCCUUAGCUGUAUACAUCCACAUUCCUGGUGCUAAAAAACUGAUGCUGGAGCUACCCUUAGUUAUUGGUACGAUUCCAUACAGUGGCUUUGGCCGCAGAAACAGCAGUGUUACAAGCCAGUUCAGUGUGGACAUGAGCUGGUUGGCACUGGCCCUGCCCGAGCAGCCCGAAGCACCACCAAAUUACGCUGAUGUGGUAACCGAGGAAGAAUUCUCCCGACACACUCCUCCGUACCCUCAGCCCCCUGACUGUGAGGGAGAAACCUGCUACUCUAUGUUUGCCUGCAUACAAGAAUUCCGGUUUCAGCCUCCACCUCUUUAUUCAGAGGUAAAGAAAAUUAGACUCAUUAAGCCGUCUGCAGACAAUCGCUUGCUCCCCUCCAUUCAUUAACGUGCCGUUGCUGACUCAUAAUUGGCUGAGUAUGCGCAUAGACUUGUUCUUACCGAGUUGAUAGAUUAUCACAGCCACUGAGCACAUUUUGUGGUACUUAGCUUGUGAUCUGUGGCGUGCAUAUGCAGUGUCGUGCAUUGCCUUGAAGAUGUUUGAUUUGGCCGCAAAAGAUAGAGCCCUCAGCAGACAGUGGAGGACUUGAUCACAGGUGCUGAGCAACUUCCACUCACAGCUGUCAUGCAAUGAGAAGCAGGUAAGAGAACCAAGGCGCUUCAGCCAUUAGCUCCCUCCCUUUCCUGUCUUGCAGGUUGAUCCACAUCCUGGGGAUGCCGAAGAGACGCCGCCGCCUGUUUCCUUCAUUCUCUGAAGAGAUCCCGGCAUUCACUGUGUUGUUACCAACUUAGAAUAUUGGUUCUUUCGCCCACCUUGGUGGAGGAGAAAGUGAACUUGAGAACAUUUGCACUUCAAGUGUGAAGAUAACAGAAAUGAAAGAGCUUGAGAACUUUUUAGUGGGGUGGUCACACAAGUUUGUAGGGUGGAGUCGGUUGUCCCCUUUCAAAGUGGAUGAAAAUAUGAACUGAAAAACCGGAAGUCCUGGUGAUGGGAGAGGAAGUAGAGGAUUGUCUGCACUGUUGGAGAGAGGAGUCUUAAGGAAUUGGAAGGUUGCAGGAGUGUGCUCUGACCAGGGUUCACACAGUUAGGAACUUACGGACUUGGUAGGAAGACUUGAUGUAGGGGAACAAGACAGCUUGGAAGUAAGUGUGAAUGAGGAAGUGGUCUACUUUCAGUGGAAUUGAGGUCCCAGGUUUGGGGGUCCUCAUGAUUUCUUAUGUUACCACAGCAAGGACCAAGGUCCUUCUAAGUAUCCUUUCUGGAGUCCAUGGUCAUGGGAGAUCCUGAUGGAAGCGACAGUGGUUCCACUCUGCUGAGGAGGUUAAAAUGUGCUUUGAAAAUUGGCUCUACAGUACCGGGAAGCCUAGAAGGGAUUCCUUAAAAGCUUGCCACAUUGAAAGGAAAGAGGAGUUCUCACAUGGAGUGUGUUGUGAAAGGCCACGCUUCCUCCCACUGUAAGAACUUCUGCAGAGUGUAUGUUCGAUGUUCCCCAUCCCUCCGUUACCUAGGGAAUAUUAGAAAAAGAUGGGGUAGGCACGACAUCUUUAGGAUACCUGAUACCCACACAAAACAAAGUGUUUCCUUAUCCUACCUCUGGUGGCUUCCUCAGGCCUGCUCUCGGAACUCCAGGCCUGACUGACCUUUGGGGUUUCUGCUGUAUGCAGUCGGCAGACUCCUUCCAGCCUGUCACUUGAUCUGAAAUUUUAGACCAAGGGAAAAUUCCAUGAGCUUAGCAUUAAAUAGAAAUAAGUACAAACACCCAAGAUCUUAAAAGAAAUCCCAACUCAAAAGAGGAUGGGAACGUGCCUGAGCUCUUCCUGUGAUGUGGCUUCAGUGGGUGGAUGGCAGUGGCCAUGCUGUGCAUUCUUAGUCCAGUUUGUUAGUAAUUCCAUUUAAACUGUGAUUUUUUUUUAAUUGUUUUGGUGCAAUAUUUUGUUGUCAUUGAGCCUCAGGAUAAUUCAGACCUACAGGACUGUGAUGCUGCUGACAGGGUCAGCCAUGUCUUUACCAGCCUCCUCCCGUCCUGUUCACGGUCACAUGCUCAAUUGUUUUACCUCCAGUCUGUUGGUCCCAGGAGCUAAGAACAUUGCUGACACCAGGUGGGAGGGAGAUUCUCACAGUGAAGAUCUGGACCAGCCAAAUCCUAGGGGUUUGAUCUAGAAACCCUGGUGCUUUCCAGGCAGAAUGUUGUGCUGCGUUCAUCAGAGCGAUGGAUUUAUUUUUCAGUCACCCAGUUCACUUAAAGACAUUUGUCUAGGGUUAAAUUUUACAUUCAAACGUCAGUGGGCCAUCUGUUUUUGUACCAAUGUUAGGUAAAUGUGUACUUGUCCCCUCUGAGCAUACCUCUCUCUUCUGUGGUCAUGUUAACGUCAAACACAUGUAUUUUCAUUGUAAGCCACUGUCUAAAAUGCCAAACGGUAUUGCCAGUAAUUGUGGUGUGGGAAUUACCACAAACCUUAUUUCUCAUGUUAGUUGUUAGAGAUUUCUUUUGUCUUUUUGUUGUGUGUCUGCAAACAGUUGUGGGUGUUCAAAUACUACCUAAACUGUUUUUGUUUUACAGUAGAAGUGAUGCCCUGUCUUUUGGCUUCCAGGCUGUAGUUUACAUGCUUUGUCAAGACGUGGUCCAUCUCCAUGAAACCAAAACCAAGGGGGAGAAAGUGACAGUGUGGACAGAGAGAAAACAGAACAGGUUGGCUCCCUGUAGCAAAGCUAUUGCAGUCAGUUUGCUUAGAGAAAUCGAAGUCCCCCGCAGAAAUGAAGCAGAGCCAACAGUGGCAUUCAAGAGAACCGCUCAGAGACACAACUUUAUCUGCGUCUGCCUGGCCCGACGCUUGUAGUCAGGAUAACGUGAAUGUAGAAAACUACAUUGGAAACCCUGCAAAUGAAGAUCAGACUUUAGCUGCUAAUACUUGCCUGUUUAGUCCCCUCUUGCUCUCAUUUAGGUUUGGAAGAAUGAAAAGUGCCCUUAAGGUUUUCUUUUUGAUGCCCAAAGUUUGAGAUUAAAAGUGUGUAUCUUCUGGUGCACAUAGAUCUUUCCUUCCCUGGGCAGAAUUUUACUUUCUCUGUUUUGGUUUUGCACAAUAAGAAACUCAGUAGGCAAGGGUUAUGUUUUUGAUAAGUUCACUAGCUUUUUAAAAUUUUUAUUAAAAAUGUAAUAACUUAACCAAGCGGAAAAUAAAAAUUGUAUUUUGUACUCUUGUUUGAACCCCAUGGGUUCCUUUUGUUAAUAAAAUGGUUGUACCGAA